AUGCCACUCAUGGCCCCAGACUCUACCCGCUUGUUGGGCGCACCGCCGGCCGCCGGCGCCGGCUUCGCAUACGCCAAUGGCGAGUUUUUCGCCGAUGCGUCAGGAGGAAACCGGCACCGGCGGGCGACUCCCGCGCAGAUCAAGGCGCACUUUGCAGCCGGCAGCGAGAAGGACUACCCGGCGCACUGGUUCGAAGCGCAGCUCAUCCACUACGGCCUCAACCCGUCCAAGACAAAGGCCGUGGCGCGCAUGCGCCUCUACGACGCCGUCAGGGCGGGCCAGCUCGUCGUUCCGGGGUCCAUAGCCAGGAUGGAGGCGGAGCUCAGGAAGGCAUGGACCAGGAAGGACCGCGAGAUGAAGAAGGAGCAGGAGCCCACUGAGACGGGUCCGGUGAAGGUCAAGGUCAAGGUCGAGGUAAAAGUCGAGGAGGAGGCGUUGGCUGGGUCGGCGAGUAGAGCGAGGGUGGGAGUGAAGAGGGAGGCCGGUGAUGAUGAAGGAAUGGUACAGAAGGCUACGAAGAAGAUAAAGGCCGAGGAGCCAGCACUACCAGCGCGGCAGAUCCGGACUGCUCGAUGGGGCAGCUCCUUUUCAUCCUCGGCGCGUGCGCGACCACCAUCGCCGUCACCACCCCCUCGAUUCGCAACAGGGCAGACCUCACGGCCAAGUGAAGCACCCGCAGCACGCGGCCGCUUUCAGUCUCCGCCGCAAUCACUGGGCUAUACGGACUUGCCUGCGUCACAGAGGUACAUGGACGCGCCAGCAUUGCAGGGUUGCCUGGAUACGCCGGGAAUACAGGGCUACAUGGACGAGCCGGCGUCACAGGGCGAUAUGGACUAUCUGGCAUUAGAGGGCUAUCUGGACAUGCCGGAACCACAGGGCUACUUGGACGUGCCAGCAUCACAGAGUUACAUAUUUGAAGACGACUUCAACGCACUGCCGCCUCCGUACUCGGAGCAAAUGGACCUAGAGCGGCUCGGCCUCCUGAACGGCACUUACGCCGUCACCUCCGAAUAUGUCGGCCGGGAGUGGCUGAUAUACGGCUCCAACUUUGAGCUCACGCUCACUCUUUCCGGCUCUAGCCUCUGGGGCAGAUUUGAUCUGGGCGUGGUCCAUGGCGUUUUGUUUCUCGAGGAGCGGCCCAGAGCCUCGUCGCAUCACGAGCACGAGUUUCUCUGGCGCGGACGCGAGGCCGAGGGUCCUAUCAUGUAUGGCGAUUCGAACACCGGAUGGGUCAAGUUCCUCGGCGGGGGCCGCAUCGAGGGCCAAAUCGGCUUCAUGAGCCUGCCAUUCACCGGGCAGCGCUUGCCUGGCCAGGGAACGAGAAGCCAGAUUGACGCUCGGACGAUGCAGGACGAGUGGCACGAAUAUUCAGAGAGCGAGUAUGAGCGCGAGAGACUGGCUCGUUGGCGAUGA